CCUUCUAGCGGAACUAUGCACAGAAGAUGAACAUAAGAGUAAAAGAACCAGUGAAGAAGAACCGGUUCUCCAUAUUGAAGAAGAUAGAGUUGGUUGCUUGCAUGCACCUGAGAAGAAGGAAGGGACAGAGAGAGAGAGACCAAUAUUAAUGUGGAAGGUUUGGGAGGAAGAGAACGAGAAGUGGAUCGAUGCCCAUGCAACAAAAGAUGCUGAAUUGGACCAUGCAGGUGAGGAAAUGGAUGAAACUGCUGACCCUUCCUCAGAUUUGCUAACUCCUCUGCUUAGGUACCAGAAGGAAUGGCUUGCCUGGGCAUUGAAACAAGAAGAAUCGGCAAUGAGAGGAGGAAUACUAGCAGAUGAGAUGGGAAUGGGUAAGACCAUCCAGGCCAUUGCACUCGUUCUUGCCAAGCGGGCAACCUGUCAAUCGACUUGCAGAUCUGGUGGUUCCUCACCUUCACCGAGUUCAGCCACAAUGUUGCCUGAAACAAAAUGCACUCUCGUUAUUUGCCCCGUGGUUGCUAUGAAGCAGUGGGAGAGUGAGCUAUAUCGGAUCACAUCCAAAGGGAGCACCAGGGUAUUAGUAUACCACGGGCCCAAAAGAACCAAGAAGAGUUCAGAUGAGUUCUUUGAGAACGAUUUUGUCCUGACCACAUAUUCCACCCUUGCAGCAGAGUACAGAAAUGCGAUGGUUAAGAAGAAAAUGCAAUUGCCUGGUCUAGAAGCUGAGACCAGUCAAAGUGCUGCUUCCAGUGUCUCAGUGCUCCACAGUAUGAAGUGGGACCGCAUUAUAUUGGAUGAAGCUCAUUACAUAAAAAAUAAACACUGGAGUACAGCAAAAGCUGCUUUUGCUUUGGAAUCUUCAUAUAAGUGGGCAUUAAGUGGUACUGCGCUUCAGCUUCAUGUUGGAGAACUUUAUUCUCUGGUCCGUUUUCUACAGAUAACACCUUACUCGUAUUUAUUCUGUAUGGAGUGUGAUUGUAAAUCACUUGAGUACAGUUCCAAAAUAAAGUGCAACUGUGUCCAUUCAACGACACAUUUUUUGUGGUGGAAAAAAUAUAUUUCUCAACCUAUACUAGCAUCGGAAGAUAAUGCCAAUCAAAGCAUAGCAUUAAGACGCACUAAGAAGGGAAGGGCUGCAGAUAUUUCCCUUCCUGUAAAAACUGUUGACCUGAGACGAGAUAAUCUUGAUAUUGGUGAGGAAGAGUAUUACAGACCACUGUUUAGUAAAAGCCAGUCACAAUUUACUGUGUGAGUCCUCAUGCUUCUUUUCUUCUUUUGUUGCUUUGAAUUUGAUUAUAUGUAGCAGCUCCAUCUUAAUUCUUGUAUGGACAUUUCAAUGUUCACCAUGCACUUUCUGCUAUCUCCUUUUUUCAUGCCACCACUUAUAUUGGUUCUAUGAAUCAAUUUUCAUAUCGUGUUUCAACUUUCUUAAUUUUUUUGCUUUAAAUGUAUGUAU